UGAUCAAAAUGAAGAGUUAAUUGUGACAUUCCCUUGUUCGAGAGUGGUUUGUGCAAAUUUCCCUCAUUAUUAUUUGUUUUCCUUUUCCAAGUUAUCUCAUCAUCCCUCUUUUGGUAAACGCUUCUUUUCGUCUGCUCUUUGCAACCCAUUUUUCAACCUCCAUGGAGGCCUAUGUCUAAAUUCUUCCCUCAAAUCUAUAUUGCACCAUCCUUUCAGACCCAUGUGCUUAAAUUCUUAAAUCAAAUGAACCAAAUCUCGUUUUGGAAUUCCUUUCAUAUGGGUUUUUGAAUUCUUGAAUCUUUGUGUGCGUUGAUUGACCGUGGGUUCUUUUUCUGGACCAAUUUUGAAUUGCCAGGGCAGUACAUGAAUUGGACGGGACAUUGCAAAAUUAUGAGCAUAAUCAGCAAGUCUCGUCUCGAUGCAAUUGUAUCUGCGUUCGUUACUGUUCAUCCUCAUGAGAUUUCGGCUCUGCUUCACUCUGCCUUCUGCUUCUUUUUCAUUUUGAGUGCCUAUUUUGUGGUGCUUCCAUUGCGCGAUGAGGGUGCGAUUUCUUUGGGCUUGUCAAAUUUGCCGAGCCUUUUUGUGGGGUCUUUGGUGCUAACUUUGAUUGCUGCACCUGUUUCCUCUCACAUUUUCUCUUUGCCUAAUCUUUCCAAAGGAAAGGCUUUGGUUUUGAUACACAGGUUUUUUAGUGUAUCACUAGUUGCAUUUUUCAUUCUAUGGCAAUCUUCGUCUACUGGCCACUCCUCCAAGGGGUUUUUGGCCAUGUUCUUUGCUGCAAAAGAGGACCCAAAAGAUUAUGGUGACCAAUCAAGCUCUAUUUCUUCCAUAGGUUGGGAUAAACAUGGAUGGUUUUACGUUGCAGUCAGAAUUGGAUUUUUCCUUUGGGUGGCUUUACUUAAUCUAAUUACUAUCUCCUCAACUUGGGCAAGAGUUAUUGAUGUCAUGGAUAGUGAGUCAGGUGCCAGAUUAUUUGGAUUCAUAGGUGCUGGUGCCACACUCGGCCAGCUUUUUGGUUCUCUAUUUGCAACAGUAAUGGCUUGGUUGGGGCCCUUUCUUCUCCUCUUUUCUGCUAUACUUAUGGAAUUCGCUGCACGAUUGUCUGAAGGGAUAAACCAGGAUAUGCCUCACCCUGGUGAAGAAUUAUCUCUCAUCAGGGAUGCAGAUCCCAGUCAUGAGAAUGACUCUGAAGGGCUGGGUACAUCUGCUUUUAAGGGUCAUUCUCCCAAAGCUAAUUCUACAAUGAAGCCUCAUCCCUGGGCUAUCUUUGAUGGAAUGAUGCUCAUUUUUUCAUCCUCCUACCUGAUGUGUGUAGCGUUAUUCCUAUGGCUGAGUGCUGUUAUCUCAUCCUUCUUCUACCUUCAGAAAGUGGGUAUAAUUGCCAUUACAGUCACUACCUCUCUCGGCAGAAGAAAAUUGUUUGCACUGAUAAAUAGCUUUAUUGCUGUUUUUAUCCUUGCUGGACAGCUCACCGUAACGGGUCAUAUUCUUACAAUAGCUGGUGUUACCGUAGCCAUCUGUGCGUCACCAUCAGUUGCCUUCUUAAAUUUGGUUGCAAUUGCUGUUUGGCCAACGUGGGUAGCCAUUGCUGUUUGUGAGACAGUGCGCAAGGUUACUACUUAUGUUGUUACUAGGCCUGGGAGAGAGCUCCUGUUUACUGUUGUAUCGCAAGACGAGAAGUACAAAGCCAAGAUUUGUAUUGAUGUGUUUGUUCAAAGACUAGGGGAUGCUACAGCAGCAGGAAUGUACAAAUUACUCCUUAGCACUCUCCAUGGAAAAACUUCAACUAUUUCACUCUACGCUCUACCUAUAUGUUUGUCAUGGAUUGUCACUGCACUCUAUUUGGGGCGUCGCCAGUCUCACCUCGCACAUCUUCAGUCAGUCUCCACAUCCUAAUGGCUUUUAUUGAUCCAUAAUAGUUGCAGACAUAGGCUCCACAAAUUAUCGCCUGCCAAUUUUUAGAAGAAUCUCAUAGUUGCUACUAGCAUCUUAAUGUUAGUUAUUUAUAAAGAGUACAUCCGUAUACCCAAUGUGGGAUGUUGAUGGCUUUGACUUCAAAUGUUGCUCGCAGCGAAGGUAAUACGAGCAAUGUCAUCAGUUGGGGCCUUCUAAUUCAUCUCCCAUUAUGUAGAAGCUGCAUUGGCCUUUUUUUUUUCUUUUUCUUUUACCAAAUAUAAGAUGUAUUGCUUCUUACACAAUCAAAUAUGUAUUACAUUGGCUAUAGUAUAACACUGAUCUGGUUACCUGAUCAUCUCA